AUGGCUCAUUCACGUGCUCUAUUCCUCUUUGCUCUCAUUGCUACUAUCUUCUCAACUAUAGCCGUGGCAAAAGAUUUUGUAGUUGGAGAUGAAAAGGGUUGGACACUUGGAGUUGAUUAUCAAGUUUGGGCUGCAAACAAGGUCUUUCAUCUUGGAGACACACUCACAUUCAAUUAUGUUGCUGGUGAGGACAGUGUGGUGAGAGUAAAUGGAAGUGAUUUUCAGAGUUGCUCAGUUCCUUGGGCAGCACCAGUGUUGGGUAGUGGACACGAUGAAGUUGUAUUGACAACAUAUGGAAGAAGAUGGUACAUUUCAGGUUUUGCUAACCACUGCAAAAAUGGACAGAAGCUUGUCAUAACCGUCUUGCCAUCACAACAAUUACCUUGGUCUCCAGUACCUUCACCUUCACCCUCACCUGAGGAUGCACCAUGGUCCGCUACCAUUCCCCGCCGAUCCCUGCUGUCAAAGAAGCUAUUCCAAAUGAUUCACAGAAAUCUUAUAGCUGUUUGA